AUGCACCGAGAUUUGCACAUUUCCAGGAUUUUACACUUACGUCGCUGUUCGUGAUUAGUAGCUCAGUAAAAACGAGAACUGGGCUGUGCAUUAGUGAAACUGCUGUAGGAAUAUAGGGUGCCUUUACAUUUUCUCCAUUUAUCGGAGGCAAGGACUCUUCUAUCGUACGCCACACAAUCUUUUUCUGGGUCUAUUUGACAGGUUUCGUGUCUCGGGGAGCUUCUGACUGCACACCUGAUGCAUUUCAGGUCAAGGACAAAAUUGUCACAGCAAGUUCAAUCCCAAACCUUGGUAGGAUGGAUUAACCUCUAGAUUUGCCUGACUGGACACUCCAGGUGUCGGCAGCACCCAAUGUCCUUUCUACAUGAUGAGUGUGACCUGAGGAGGACUCUGGGUUUGUUAGACCGAACCGCUAACACUUCUGGACUCUUCCACCCAAGUUUCUCCCCCCGUUUGCCACUCGUACGGCACGGGGACUGACAUGAAGAAAGUGGCCCAGUGGUCAACGGAGGACGUGCACCAGUGGCUGACCAAUGAGGGAAUGCAGGAAUACUCUGAGGCCUUCCUCCACCUGGACGGCCAGGGCCUCCUGCAGCUCUCCAAGGCGGACUUCCAGACGGCCCCUCUGGUCCUUGUCACCUCGGACAGAGGCAGACAGCUUUUGGACAAGUUGGAGACUCUCAGAAUAGAGCACCACAUUGAAGCACAUAAAAAUGGGCAUGCCAACGGACACUCCAUCUUGACCGUCAUCAAUGAGGUAAAUGGGAACAAGCCCAAGAGUAACGGUCUGAUCAAUGGGUUUCACAAGGAACGGGUUCAGAUCCACAUGCCUGAGAUCAACCGCUCUCCGUUCCCUGAAGAGUGGGGGAAGACUGGCGUGGCUUGCAUCUACGCCAUGGUCUGCUUCGUCUGCACCACCAUCAUUAUCUCUGUGGUCCACGAACGCGUGCCUCCCAAAGACGCUACUCCGCCCCUGCCAGACAAGUUCUUUGACUUUUUUGACCGAGUAGACUGGGCUUUUUCCAUAUGCGAAAUCAACGGCAUGAUACUGGUCGGCCUGUGGCUUCUACAGUUGACACUGUUAAAAUAUAGGUCCAUCGUUGGUCGACGUUUCUUCUUCAUCGUUGGCACACUGUACCUAUACAGGUGUAUCACCAUGUACAUAACCACACUCCCUGUGCCAGGAAUGCAUUUCAAGUGCUCUCCUAAGCUGUUUGGUGACUGGGAAUCCCAAAUGCGGCGAGUCAUGAAGAUGAUUGCAGGAGGAGGCCUCACCAUCACUGGCUCGCACCACAUGUGUGGGGACUACCUUUACAGUGGCCACACAGUCAUGCUGACACUCAGCUAUCUCUUCAUUAAAGAAUACUCUCCAAAACGGUUCUGGUGGUACCAUUUGAUCUGCUGGCUGCUAUGUGCUGUAGGCCUCUUCUGCAUUCUCUUGGCUCAUGACCACUACUCCAUAGAUGUGGUGGUGGCUUACUUCAUCACCACACGCCUAUUCUGGUGGUACCACACCAUGGCCAACCAGCAAGUGCUGAAGGAAUCAUCGCAGAGCAACUUUUUCUCAAGGGUGUGGUGGUACCGAAUUUUCCAGUACCUGGAACAGAAUGUCACAGGCAUCGUCCCUCGGAACUACCAGAUGCCGCUGUCAUGGCCAACGGCCCAAUGGAGUCAAGUGAAGUACAGCCGUAUUGACACACAGUGCCCGUGACAGCGGGAUGUGACCCC